CAAAAAUGGCUUCCCCAGUUGUGGUGAUGACACAGCCCCAACAAACCACUACCAUCAUCAGCACACAACCCAAAGGCUGGAACACUGGCAUCUUCGAGUGUUGUGAAGAUUGUGGGAUCUGUUGCUGCGCGUUCUGGUGUAUGCCUUGCUUCAUGUGCAAGACUGUGGACCAGUUCGGGGAGUGCCUCUGUCUGCCAUUACUGGACACCAGCUGCAAUGGCUGCGGUUAUAUCAGCACAGGAGCGAUUCCACCCGUCUCCCUCGCAAUGCGUGUUGCGUUCCGCGAGAGGCACGGAAUUCCGGGCUCCAUCUUCAAUGACUGCUGCAUCAUGUACUGGUGCAACUGCUGUGGCUGGUGCCAGAUCGCGCGGGAGAUGAAGGCGCGCAAGAGUGCCGUGACGGUGAUUAAUGCCAGCACCACUGUGCUGCCCCACCCCACCUACAUGCCCCAGCCUAACUACGCUGGGCAGCCUGGCUACGCUGGGCAGCCUGGCUACGCUGGGCAGCCUGGCUAUGCCCCCCCGCCUGGCAAUGCGCCCCAGCCUGGCUACGCACCCCCUGCCAACCAGGUGGCACCAUACCCCCCUAAAUGAAGUGAUGGAACCCACCGCAGGACGUGGGGGCACAGGAGAGACAUGGCGACACUCCACGGCAAAGAUCUGUCCUUGAAUGUCGGCAGGAGAUGACCAUUCCUGUGUAAUAUUAAAGGUUACAGCUAGUGCACUUUAAUCUGUCUUUCUCAAGGCUUCGUCUACUAAGGGAAGGGGUCUGUCUCCGAAAGGUCUUUCCAUCGCAUUUCUUUCAUCGUUCUUGUAAUCACUCCCUGUCUCUUUCUUCGAUGGGACUAUAUGUUAUCCUGCUCUCUCUCCAUUCCCCAGCCCCCCUAUCUCUCUCUCUCUCUCCAUUCCACAACCCCCCUCUCUCACAGAGAGAGAUCUGUACACUGACUGGUGUCUCUCAGUCCCACCUCUCUCAGGGAGAUAUCUGUACACUGUCUGGUAUCUCUCAAUCCCCUCUCUCUGAGGGAGAUAUCUGUGCACUGACUGGUGUCUCUCAGUCCCCACUCUCUCUCAGGGAGAUAACUGUACACUGACUGGUGUCUCUCAUGCCCCUCUCUCUCUCAGGGAGAUAUCUGUACACUGAGUUUAUGUCUACUAGGGCUUUAUCAACUUUAUUCAAUGUCUGAGCCAACUAUUAAACUGCUCGGUCUCAGAGUUAUAUCUUUUGUACAUCUUUUAUCAUGAUGAAGGACUUAAAAAACCCCUGGUCAAAUGAGACCAGAGAAAAGUUUUAACUGUACUUGCUUCAGCUUCUGUAGAGCAGUGAUUAAUAAUCAGAUUCACACUGUCUGUUCAGGAUAAUAAGUCAAAAUAAUAAAGGCAUUACCCAUCA